UGAACAAAAGGAUCCUGGCUUCUGGCGAGAGCAGAAGGAAGUUCAAGGGAGACUGGGCCCAUCUAAACCAGAACAGAUUGGUCACUGAUGCUACCAAGUGCCUCUCUGUGGGGGCUGCUUUCCCCCAAAGCUCCCCGUAGCUGGUCUCGGGUUUUUGGAUCUGCCCUACCCAAAGCCUUGCAGAAGGGGUAGGCUGGAGUGAUUUUCGUGCAUAUCUGGAGCACAGAACACAGGAAAGAGAAAGAACAUUUCCCCGAGCUACUGCUGAGCCGCAAAAGCUGAGCUCGCAACUGGACCAUCUGCUGAGGCCUCUCACUCCUGGGAACCAACCCGCAGUGCAGCUCAGGCACCUGUAACACCAGAGUUGAGGCCGGUCACAGCCCAGGCAGCCGGAGGAUCUGCUCGCUUGACCCACGGGGAUGAGAGCUGCCCACUGGCUGCUGCUUUGAGACCCCAGACAGACACUCAAACAGGUUUGUGGAUGGCUCCGAGGAGACCCUGACUUGCUCCCCAGGAAACACCGAGCUGCUGCGUUUCCCGUCGUCCUGUUCCCCAGCUGACCAUGAACCAGCCGGACCCCGCCGACGACCCGGACCCCAGCCCCGACCCCCUGUGCGCGGUGUGCGGCCAAGCCCACUCCCCCGAGGAGAACCACUUCUACACCUACACGGAGGACGUGGACGAUGACCUCGUCUGCCACAUCUGCCUGCAAGCCCUGCUGGACCCUCUGGACACGCCGUGCGGACACACCUACUGCACCCUCUGCCUCACCAGCUUCCUGCUGGAGAAGGACUUCUGCCCCGUGGACCGCAAGCCGCUGGUGCUGCAGCGCUGCAAGAGGUCCAGCAUCCUGGUCCACAAGCUGCUCAACAAGCUGCUGGUGACCUGCCCCUUCGCGGAGCACUGCGGUGAGGUGCUGCCACGCUGUGAUCUGGAGCGUCACUUCCAAACGAGCUGUAAAGGGGCCUCCCACUACGGCCUGACCGAAGACAGGAAGCGGCGCUCGCAAGAUGGUUGUGCGGACGGGUGUGUGAGCCUCACGGCAACGGCCCUGUCCCCGGAGAUUUCUGCAGCUGCCACCAUCUCCUUAAUGACAGACGAGCCUGGCCUGGACAACCCUGCCUACGUGUCCACGGCGGAGGACAGCCAGCCAGCGCACAGCCCGUCGGACUCUGGCCGGAGCAACCGAACUCGGGCACGACCCUUUGAGCGAUCCACUAUCAGAAGCAGAUCUUUUAAAAAAAUAAAUCGAGCAUUGAGUGUUCUUCGAAGGACAAAGAGUGGGAGUGCAGUCGCCAACCAAGCUGACCAGAGCAGGGAAAAUUCUCAAAAUACCACCACCCCCGAAGUCUUCCCAAGGUUGUAUCACCUGAUUCCAGAUGGCGAGAUUACCAGCAUCAGAAUCCGACGGGUCGAUCCCAACGAAAGCCUCUCCAUUAGGCUCGUGGGGGGCAGUGAGACCCCCCUGGUCCAUAUCAUUAUCCAACACAUUUACCAUGACGGGGCGGUGGCCAGAGACGGCCGGCUCCUGCCAGGAGACAUCAUACUGAAGGUCCACGGGAUGGACAUCAGCAACGUCCCCCACAACUACGCCCUGCGCCUCCUGCGACAGCCCUGCCAGGUGCUGCGGUUGACCGUGCUGCGUGAGCAGAAGUUCCGGAGCAGGAACCACGGACGGGCGCUGGACAGCUACGGACCCCGGGAUGACAGUUUCCAUGUGAUUCUCAACAAGAGCAGCCCCGAGGAGCAGCUCGGGAUUAAACUGGUGCGCAGGGCGGACGAGCCUGGCGUGUUCAUCUUCAACGUGCUGGAUGGCGGCGUGGCGGACCGGCACGGGCAGCUGGAGGAGAACGACCGCGUGUUAGCCAUCAACGGACAUGACCUUCGCUACGGCAGCCCGGAAAGCGCGGCUCAUCUGAUUCAGGCCAGUGAAAGACGAGUUCACCUCGUUGUGUCACGCCGGGUUCGGCAGCAGAGCCCCGACAUCUUUCAGGAAGCCGGCUGGGACAGCGAUGGCAGCCAGUCCCCGGGACCGGGACAGAGGAGCAACACGCCCAAGCCCCUCCGUCCUGCAGUUACUUGCCAUGAGAAGGUUGUGAGUGUACGAAAAGACCCCAGUGAAUCUCUCGGCAUGACUGUUGCAGGGGGAGCAUCACACAGGGAGUGGGACUUGCCCAUCUAUGUCAUCAGUGUUGAGCCUGGAGGAGUCAUAAGCAGAGACGGAAGAAUAAAAACAGGUGACAUUUUGUUGAACGUGAAUGGGAUUGAGCUAACGGAGGUCAGCCGGAGCGAGGCAGUGGCGUUAUUGAAAAGCACGUCCUCCUCGGUGGUGCUCAAAGCUUUGGAAGUCACGGAGCACGAGCCCCGGGAAGACUGCAGCAGCCCAGCAGCCCUGGACUCCAACCACAACAGGACUCCACCCAGCGACUGGUCCCCGUCCUGGGUCAUGUGGCUGGAAUUACCACGGUAUGCGCCAAAGGAACCUUAAAGUUUGUUUUAUUUCAAGUGAGAGUCAGCAACAUCAUGAAAAAAGUUACAUCGAUUAGCAAGGUCAGUAACAAAUGUAAUGGCCAACUUCGUCACUUAACAUUUUACAAGAGACUUUUUACUGGUUUUUAAAAAAGCAGUUAAAGAAUAUUUUAAGGUACAGUUUAUAAACAAAACAACCAUAUCUUGAUUUUCACCAACACGAGAAUGCUCAUUUCCUUUCAGACUAGCCUCUGGCCCACAGCGACACACAUGGUGGUCACGGGGUAAAAUCGGCUCCCGACACACCUGUGGUAACUGUUACCUGUACCUGUUCACGAACACUGAUCCACUGGCCACUAAAUAAAAGAAUUUCUUCAAUCUCAUUUUCGACUUUAGUUGAGGAUUCUACUCAUUUACAGAACUGUGGUCUUUCCUUCUCCCAUUCCUUUUAUAACUUCCUCCUAUAUGAAGUGUAAGCUUUAAAUGUACCUCAGUUUCCAUUCACUAUAUGCCUGCAUGCUUCUCUAUAACCUAUCAAAACGUAGACCUUAGGGUAUAAACUAUUUUUCAAAGGUCAAUAAAACUCCCACAAAUUAGGGUUAGAUUUAAGUUUUUUUCAUUGAGAUCAUUUAUUCAAAGGAUUUUUGCCUUCAUUAAAAUUAUUUGUCUAUAAGUAAAAUAUGAUAUCCAUAAGUAUGUUUGAAUUUGGUUCAUCAGUAAGGAUUUAUGCGUAUCCAACUGUCUUCCUCAUACAAAAAAGUAUUAAGUUGUCUUUAAGCCAAAAUUAUCUUUCCCAGUAGAUUUUUUAAAGGGUUUUCGGCUAUGGGAAACAGAUUUGAUUACAAAAAGUCAGCUAAUAGCACAAAGGCCUCCAAGGUAUGAUACGAUUGUGAAUUGGGACCUACAUCCAGUGCUACUUAACCUUAAAAAAAAAAAAAAAGCCACUAAAAGGAAUGGGAGAUGAAUCACAAUAAUUAUUCACUAAUAAUUAAACUGUGCAUAGACACUGAUUACAUUCUAUUUCAGGUACUUGUGUAACUGUAAAGAUGUUGUAUUACGAAGAAACACAGCUGGAAGUCUGGGCUUCUGCAUUGUAGGAGGUUAUGAAGAAUACAAUGG